AUGUCCACAGAGUUCCAGGUCUUGGGAGACAGCCUAAAGCCUCAGUCCCACUUGCCCAUUCUCCUCCUCCAUUCACUCCUUUCCUUUUCCUCAACAGCAUCUCCAGUGCUGGGAACGGAUGUGACCAUGAACCCCGGUGCCUCCUUGUCUACUUUCACGGCAGUGCCCUUCCCUCCACCCAUUCCUGGUGCCCAGCACCGGCCACCCUGGCAGCAGCACCUGCCACGUCCCAUCACCCCAGCAUUCCCUCCUGGCAGCAGCCUGCUGCUGCCAGCUUUCCCCAGGACGCCUUUGGUGGCUAAUGGUGGCCGUGGCCCCAGUGCCCCUGGGGCUUGCAACCUCAUUCUCCAAGUCAGGUCACAAGGGAGGCCAGUGGAGGCCACCUACACUCAGACCUUUGUCGUUACUCAGGCCCCCCUCACCUGGAGCGCUCUAGGGGCCCUUAGCAGGAGUGCUGCAUGUCCUGCACCCGAAUUCAUAGCAACCCCUGUGAUGGGGACUGUUGUGACUGCUCCAGCUGUUGGACUUAGUCAGGCUGGCAAGGGAGGCUGGACCCCAGGCUUUCCUCCUCAAGCUCCACCACCAGCUGCCCAGCUGGCCCCUAUCAUUCGCCCAGUGAACUCUGGGUCAUGGCCACAUGGCACUUCCAGGGAGGGCCGCCUGGCCACCAACCAGUCCAACGCCUCGCAGGAUGGCUCCUCUAACCCCCAGAGAGAGUACAGUAACUUCCGACGUAGGCAGCACAUCAAGCCCCUGGCCCGGAGACACUUUCGCCUGAGUCCUGAUGCAGAAGCUUUUUCCUGCUUUCUCAUCCCAGUGCUUCGAUCCGUGACCCGCCUGAAUCCCACCAUGCCGCUGGAGGAGGGACUGCGGAGGGCCGUGCAGGAAUGGCGGCGCUUGAGCAACCUUGACCGGAUGAUCUACUACGAGAGGGCGGAAAAGUUCAUGGAAUUUGCGGCCGAGGAGGAGAUACACAUUCAGAAUUUGCAGUGCAUGCAGUGCGCGCAGGACCUGCCUCCUCCAGCCCCACCGAAGCUGGAUCCUCGGGGGCCCCCAGCCCCGUAUGUGGACAGGAUGGAGGCGCUGGUGGGGCCCGUCCACUCAGGCAGAGGCAAGUCACAUGCAGAAUGUGGAAAGGACGGAAAUGAGCCGAAGCAGGAAGAGGACGACACCUACAUGGACCCGUGUCUCUUGAGCUACAUGGACGAGCUGCGUUCCCGGGAAGACUCUGUCACCAAGGAGAUUCCCCCUGAGACUGUGAGGGAGUAUGUGGACAGGAUGGAGGCGCUGGUGGGGCCCGUCCACUCAGGCAGAGGCAAGUCACAUGCAGAAUGUGGAAAGGACGGAAAUGAGCCGAAGCAGGAAGAGGACGACACCUACAUGGACCCGUGUCUCUUGAGCUACAUGGACGAGCUGCGUUCCCGGGAAGACUCUGUCACCAAGGUGGAGGCAGUCAUUCACCCUCGAUUCCUGGCAGAAUUGUUUUCCCCAGACCCACAUCUGGAUCUCUUGGCCCUUGCUGAGGAGCUGGAGCAGGAGGAAGGACUCACCCCUGAAGAACUGGUGCAGAAACGACUCCUGGCCUUGGGUCAAAGGUACACUGGCCCUCUACUGGGACCCAGGAAUGCGUCUGUUCUGAGAGAGGCGUCUCCUGUUCCGGAGGCCCGAGGGCCCAGGGACGCGUCCAGUGAGGACGAGGAGGUGCUCUCCAGCCUGGCCUUCCUCUUUGCCUCUCCGCAGAGCCUGCCGCCUUGCGGUCUGUCCCAGAGUGCUGCCCCUGCCUCAGGCCUGGCCUCCCCUGGAGGUUGGGGGGCCCAGAGUGCUCCCCAGGCCCCCUCCCCUCAGAGAAGAGGCCCCAGCCCGGCUCCACCAGCCGCUCCCAAGUCGAGGAAGUGGGCUCUGUGUGGGCGCCCAGCCGCUGCUGAGAAGCUGCCCAUCCCCGGGGCUGGCCACAGGGUCUCUAAGAGGCCAGCCUUGGCUCUGGGGCUGGCUCGCCCCUCACAGCCGAGAAAGAGAAAGGGUGACCCGUUUGUCACAGGGAAGAGGAGGACGAAGAAGAGGAAGCACUGCAGCCAGUAG